AUGAUCUCAUCCCUGCUGUUCAUGGCAACAUGCGCCGGCGAGUGUCUCCUGUCUGCGUACAGCUUGGACCUGAUAGCCAUCAUCGGAUGCCGCGUCAGGGGGCUCCUACAAGGGAUAAUCUUCAGAAAGGCCACGCUGUUGCCGUCGGCUGCUUCCCAGCCCACGGGGUACGUGGCUUCACUCCUGAGCGUGGACUGCCUGCAGCUCUGCAACUGCUUUUACACCCUGCCGGUACCUUCGUUCGGUGUCCUGACGCUGCCGCUGCUCUUCUGGAUGUUGUCGCAGAGGGCGGGAGUGGUGCCCGCCAUCUGCUGCGCAGCCUGGGCGAUCGUCACGCUCCUCUCACCACUGGCAUUACUGUACGCACAGCAACGUUUUUGGGACGUGGAAAUCAAAGCUCGGGACGAAAGGCUGAAAUCUUUGACGGAUCUCCUGAGCAACAUCCGUGUGGUAAAAAUGUACGCCUGGGAAGACGCCCUGCAGGAGAACGUGGUCAGAUCGAGGAGAGUGGAGCUCAGAAACCUGCUUGCGAUCAAUGUGCUCAACGCUGCCCUCGACGCUCUGUGCAGCUCCUGCAGCGCUGUGGUAUGGUGA